GCAUUUAAAAGAAAGCAGCUUUUUAUAUAAAGGUAUGGAGAGGGAUAGAAGGUCAGAGAAACAGGUAAUAUUAACCCUAUACACUCAAGUUUCUGCAGGCGCUGGAUUGCAUGCCACGUGAAGCUCUUGAUUUGUACUCGAGGCUUUUCAACUACUUACAUACCAAAAAGAAGCUUCCAUACAUAUAACGUUUUGAUCUGUCCCAAUAAACCAACCACCCAAAUCAAAGAUCAUGAGGCCAAAGAUCUAUCUUUUUGGCGACUCCAUCACCGAAGAAUCCUUCGGCGACGGUGGCUGGGGCUCUUCUCUUGCUCACCAUUUCGCUCGCACGGUGGAUGUGGUGCUACGAGGGUAUAGUGGGUACAAUACCCGAUGGGCAGUGAAGGUGGCGGAGAGGGUUUUUGGGGCGGCGGAAGGCGGCGGCGGCGGAGUGAAUAAUGAAGAGCCACUAGUGGUGACCGUCUUCUUUGGGGCUAACGACGCUUGCCUUCCCAAUAGAUGCUCUGCCUUCCAACACGUGCCUCUUGACGAGUACAAACGAAACCUCCGUUCCAUUGUCUCCUUUCUCAAGAAGCGAUGGCCUACAACUCGUAUUCUCCUCAUUACUCCGCCGCCAAUUGAUGAAGAUGGGCGUCUACGACACCCUUAUAUUGAGAAUCCAUCAAAUGAGCCAGAAAGGACGAAUGAAGCUGCCGGGGCUUACGCCAAGGCUUGUGUUAAGUUAGCUGGAGAGUGUGGGAUCCCGGUGAUCGAUCUCUGGACCAAGAUGCAGCAGUUUCCGGAUUGGAAAAACGCUUGUCUAAGAGAUGGUUUGCAUCUGACUCGGAGUGGCAACGAAAUUGUGUUUGAGGAAGUGGUUAAGAAGCUCGCGGAAGAAGGCUUCAGUCCAGAAACUUUGCCCGUUGAUCUUCCACUUAUAACUGAAAUUGACCCAAGAGACCCCCUCAAGUCUUUUCAGCAGUAAAACAUAUAUGUACGUGGGUGGUGCUUUUGCGCUUGUGGAUUAUUUAGCUAUUAUUGUAGUUACAGAAAUAUUGUUAUAACCAAUCAACCUUAUACCAGGGACUUGAUUUACGGCAUUACUUUUAUCCGGCUGUUUUGCGGCCACAAACUGUUUUUUGCUUCAAUCAAUAUAAUUAAAUCUUGAACGUUGUACGUAUGAUA